UUUUCCAAUACAAAUCACUUUAAAGCCAAAUCAAUAAUGUAUUGGUUCAACUAUGCACCUUUAACUGCCAUUUUGUUAACAACUUGUUUAAACCUUUGUUCAUCUUCUUCCUCUACAUCCUAUUCAAAUCUUUACGAGGACGAUGAUCGAUACUCAUUAGAUGCAGACUCACCUGAUCCCAUCUCAGAAGGUGGAAUUCGAGGUUCUCGGACUUACCAAUUUCCAUCUUCUCAAAUCAACAACUAUCCAAAUGAUGGAUACUCAAAAGCCGAAGACUCUCAACCUGAUCCAAUCUCAUCUGUGCGCCGAUUCCCUCAGUACCCAUCUUCGUCUUCCUUAACCACUUCACCUUCCAUAAUACCUUAUCAAGCAAGUGGUUCCUCGCUAUCAAGCGAUAGUCUUGUUUCCCGCCAGCCACAGGUUAUAUCAGUUCUCAGUGGAAAUGCUUCGCCCCAUCAGAGUAUCACAUGGAAACCACCGGCCACUAUUAACCCACCGCCAAAACCUGGUCAUUCUUCAAGUCAAACUCAGGGUCGAUCUUCAGGAGCUUCAUCUUCAUCAUUGGAUUCACACUCUUCAUCUCAUGGAUCUGAGUUAACAGAGGAACGCUUGAAUCGCUUUUAUCCAACUUCAUCUCUAACGUCAACCGUUGAGCCGCGUUCAUCACCCUCAUCAUCUAAUCCAUCAUCCUUCAAAGAUCAAGGCCAACCUGGAUCACAUCAAACAAAUAAAGUCACUCGAUCAUCAUUACCUUCAACCAACUCAUCACCAGUUUCAAACUCUGCAUCAGCAUCUCAUCCUUCAUCUUCAUCUUCACCAACCAAUAGUACAGGGAAAAAGGAUGAUGUUGUCAUCUAUUACUAUUAUUAUUAUGAUGAUGAUGAUAGUAAAAAUGGAACCAUGACCCGAGUUGUCAAAAAUUCUGAUUCAAGUUUAGACACAAUUCCAAGUUUAGAGGGUUACGAUAAAAUACCAGAUAAUAAAUUGUCUAAAGGAUCAACCUCAUCAUCACCAACAAUAUCAACUUCCUCAUCAUCCUCGUCAUCUUCAUCUCGUAACCAAUUUCCCAAUUUUUCUGAUACUUUACGUGGCUCAACAUCUCGACCUUUAUCAUGGACAACUUUCAACUCUUCUGGAUUACCCUCUUCCUAUAGUUCCUCUUCUUCUUCCUCCUCGUCUUCAUCAUCUUCUUCGUCCUCUUUAUCCUCUUCACCAAAUUACUUUGCUAACUAUCAACCUCGCCCCAUCUCAGGUUCAAUAGAUACACAUGUUCACUCAUCAGUGACCCCACCUUCAUCAAUCAACCCACCUAAACCAUCAACUGAUGUGUCAGUCUCGGUUUCAGUUUCAGGCGAUCAAACGACAAGCUCAUCACCCAAUCCAGUGUCCAAUGUAAUACGCUAUGGUUCCAAUUUGAACAACCGACCCAAUUAUGAUUCACCUCGAGUUAAUAACAUUCAAGGCCUUAAUGCACGAGGAAACUCAUUCUCACCCCAAUUUCCUGGUCAAGCUUUCCGUCAUAUUCCUGGUUCUUCAACUCCAUCGACAUACUCUGGACAUGGAUUUCCUUCUGCAGGCCCUUCCGUCACUCGAUCACCAUUCGUUUCCAGCGAUCAAUCGGUAUCAACUAAACCAUCAGAGCUAUUAACUAACAAUCAUCAUCAUCAUCGGCACACUUUACCCAACGAUUUAUCAUCUGGAUCACAAUUAGCUAAAUCAAAGUCAUCAACAGCAACACCAUUCGUAACAUCACCAUCAACAAGCACAACAACAUCAAAACCAUCAACAACUACAACUACGACAACCACAACUACAACUCAAGCUCCAGAGGAACCAAAUGAUUCUCGAGGUCGUCGACCAGGUUUUGGUUCAAGAAGGCGAUUUGGUGCUCCAUCUAAUCGAUUAAGUACAUUAAACCGAACCAAAGCUCCAUCAGUAUCAACAACUACAACAACCACAACCACCACAACUGCUCCAACUACCACUUCAAAGCCUCGGUCAAGAAAUUAUGGCAACUCUCUUCGUAAACCUUACAGAGCUAAUCGACCUUUUGGUAGAGUCACUGAGGCCAAUGAGGUUAAAGAAGACACUGACGGUUCACACUCUGCAUCAUCUUCAACUUUAGCUCCAGUUACUCCUUCAACUGCUCGCUCAUCGUCCUCUUUCUCAGCCUCUACGACUUCAUCUCCAAGGCGAUUUGGCUCAUCUCGUGGACGUUAUGGGUCAUCACCAUCACCAUCGACCCGAAGUACUACCACAACGACUACUACAACAGUAGCUCCAGAAACAACCCAAAGAACCGCUUUUAGAAGACCAGGAUCACUCAAUUCAUUAUCGUCUAGAGGAAGAACUCGAAAUCGACCCAAUUUCUUGCGAGGGCGCAAAAAUGAAGAUGAAACCACUUCUUCAUCUCCAAAGCCAACUUCAGCUGAUAUUACAAACAAGGAGGAAUCAAGUAGAAAUAAUAAUGAAGAAAGUGUUUCAGUAAAUUCUGAUUCUAUUACUGAAGCUCCUUUGAUUUCUGGUUCAUCGGAAAAUCAUUCCUCUGAUGAAGAUAGACCUGCACCUGAAUCUUCAACCACCGAACGUGCUCCAAUCAAUCAACGACAGCGCUCUCGAAACUCUAAUCCAUUAUUUAAAAGUCGUUCCAGGCCAAAUCUUUUCGGUGCACGUCGAUCAAAUCCACAAGGUGAAAGUGCCGAAAGAAAUUAAUCCAUUCAUUUCCUCCAAGCAACUAUUCGCUUAUCUCAUCAAAUUCCAUCAUCGUUAAUAUUAUUCUUUUAUAAAAUUAUUUUAAUAUUAUUAAUUUUAUUGAUUGACUAUUUCAGUUACUGGCAUAGUA